AUGGUUAAAUUCCUUCAAAUCCUUUCGAUUGCCUGUUUGGCUAUUGCCUUGUGCUCGGCUGAAGCUCCACGCUCUCGCACUUCUCGCUAUCGUGUCAACAGAAGGAAUCGUUUCUUGGCCCGUCAAGAAGUAGCUGAAGAGGCCGUGACUCCUUACCCUUCGGCCAAGGAAUUGAAACCCAAGGUGCCAUUCGAUGAGGCCAUAGCUUCGGAACCAAUUUUUCCUAAUCAGCCUGAACCAGUCUUUCCCAAUCAGCCUGAUGAAGUCAAUCAACCUGAUGAGGUUAUUCAACCUGACGAAGUCCAUCAACCCGACGAAGUCAAUCAACCUGAUGAAAUCUAUGGACCUCCAGAAUAUGAUGUUGCACUCAAUGUUAAUGAAGUAGACGCUGUAGAACAGGAAGCUGCCGCUGCUGAAGAAGAAGCCAUAGCCUCGGCACGUUUGAUAGCCCGCCGUGGUGCUUUCCGCCAAGGUUCAGUACGUUCUGCCAAAUUGCGUAAAGCAGCCCCAGCUCGCCUGCAGGUGCAACCCCAAUUCGCCCCACAACCCUUCUUUUACUAUGUGGUUCAAUAA